AUGGACGUCUUCAAAAUCGACAGCAGUAGCUUGCAGGCCAUUGGUCCAUCCUCCGGCUCGAGCGUCGGGAAAGUGACAGGCGUCACUUUCGACGCCUCGACGGACUUUGGGCACUUGUCGUUUUUCGACGACGCCCCGGUGCCGACAACGGCCUCGUCGUCGACGUCGUCCUCAUCGUCUUCGUCGUCGUCGGCGUCAUCGACGUCGUCGUCGCUUCCGCAGCCCAUGUGCAUCGUCAAGAAAGAAGAGGAAGGGAUGGACGAGUUUGAGGCGGAUGCGACGUCGUGUCUGUACGUUGACACUGGAGGCGGCGGCCAUUUGCGGGCUGUUGUCAAGAAAGAAGAUCCCUUUGAUGAGGACGUGUCCACUUGUGGGCUCUUUGCUGCCCAGGAUGUCGUUCACUCGACUCCUAUGACUCCGGAACAGGAUUCAUCCCAAGGAAUGUACAAGGAAUUGCCGCCGUACCCGUGCCAGAGCGAAGGGAUCAGUCCGACGGGUUCUGUCCUGUCAUCGUCGUCGUCGUCGUACGUGAUCUACGGGGAUGGCAGUGGGGCCAGCAUGGGCAUGAGCCCGACUUCUUCGGGUUUCUCCGUGCACCAACUGAGCCCAUCGCCCGGCGGCAAAGUGGUCACGAUGGCGCCCCUGACUCGACUAUACGCAGGUGGCGCCCAACAAUCCCAGCAACACGGCGGAAUCACGAGCCUCGUCACUGUCACUUCUGCUGGCCCAACAACUACUCUCAUGUCUCCGAAGCCAUCCACUUCUCUUGGGAAACCAGGAGCAAUGCGGAAGGAAUUGCCUAUUUGUCUAAUUAUUGCGAGUGACUCGAACAGAUGA